CAGAUCUCUUUGAUUGUGAACAGAGAGGUCACGAUAUGCCUGAGUAAGAUUCUUGGUAAGUUCGCUGUCCUCACGAGGAGUUUCUCGGGGAACAUGCAAACUUGAAGAUCUUCGAUAUUUCAUUACUUGGCACUUCUCCGAGACUUUCCCGGGUUGGCAGGGAGGCAUGCAUCUGCACACAGCUCUCGAGCCGCAGAAGCUGAUUAUUUUGAUCUGACACGCGUCCGGCGAGUAGGUUACUAUCUUGUUACUCUCGUUCGCGCUCUCUCUUUGUCAAAAUCUGGCGGACUACGCUCUUCAAGGCGCAUAUUCUGAAUCUCAGGAACUGACGAUGACGUCAAACCUCCAAACGCCGAUCAGCUAUUCAUUUUUGGCGCUGGAUCCCAUUAAUCUUUAUCUUAUCAACUCGGCAUUGUCCGCGGACGGAUGCGAUCGUUCGGAGGAAGGCCAUUUCUCGUCGGUUCUCUGGAUAGAUAUCCCACCGUGCUUGGCGGUUCGUAUCCAUCGACCUGUCGACAAGAAUGCACAUAUCACUGCCGGGCAUCGACUUGAGCCAGCGAAUGAGAUUGAUACCGAGGUUCUCGACCGGCCGCUAUCGUCAUUGGUGUGACUGGCUCAGUCAGCAAUUAAAGGGGAAAAGCCAGGAGCAGCCCCAGCGCUCCGGCCAGGCCAGGCAAGGUGUAGAUAGGUGAGCAAUCAGUAAGACUCCAAUGGGACCCCGAAUAUGGUGCGACGAAGCUUUACCUGCAUCGAUUGGAAUUAGAAGUCCCCUGGCCUUGGCCGGCGUUGAAUGCACGAUAGACUGAAUCGGCGAUCGAAGGGUGGAUUUUGCACGUUGUUGCUGUCGAGACCGGGCGGAGACUGUUCAGAAGAAGGCUGUGGCCUAGCGUGUGGGAAGCUUGGGGAUCGCACGUUCAGCCGAAAUCGAUACAGUUAUCGCCGAAAAAGGAUGACCCGUCUUUUCGUAUAAAAGCCGGCGCAAACAUCCAAUGGGCAUCACUCUCUUCUCUCCUAACCAACCACAUCUCAAUCCUCACGAUGGUCAAAGUCGGAAUCAACGGGUACAUAUCCUGGGUCUUUCUGCCCGUUCGAUCGCUGAUCUAUUCUAUCUUUUUUCCAGUUUCGGUCGUAUCGGUCGUCUCGUCUUCCGUAAUGCCCUUGAGGUUCCAGGACUUGAGGUCGUUGCCGUCAACGACCCGUUCAUCCACCUUGAGUACAUGGUACGUUGCGAUACCCCUCGAUCGAUCUCAAGGUUGCGAUAUCGAUGUCGUCGCGCAGGUUUACAUGUUGAAAUACGACUCCGUGCACGGUCGCUUCAAGGGCACCGUCGAGCUUAAGGACAACAAGCUUGUUGUCAACGGCAAGCCUGUCACCAUCUUCGGUGAGAAGGACCCUGCUGUCAUUGCCUGGGGCCAGGCCGGUGUCGACAUUGUCGUUGAAUCCACUGGUGUCUUCACCACUAUUGACAAGGCCUCCGCUCACUUGAAGGGUGGUGCCAAGAAGGUCAUCAUCUCCGCCCCCUCGGCUGAUGCCCCCAUGUACGUUGUCGGUGUCAACCUUGACUCUUACGACCCCAGCCACGCUGUCAUCUCCAACGCUUCGUGCACGACCAACUGUCUUGCUCCCCUUGCCAAGGUCAUCAACGACAAGUUCGGUAUCGUCGAGGGUCUGAUGAGCACCAUCCACGCGGCGACCGCAACACAGAAGACCGUUGAUGGACCUUCGAUGAAGGACUGGAGAGGUGGACGUGCUGUCAACAACAACAUUAUCCCCUCGUCCACCGGUGCCGCCAAGGCCGUCGGAAAGGUCAUCCCCACCCUCAACGGCAAGCUCACUGGUCUUGCUUUCCGAGUCCCGACUGUUGAUGUUUCCGUCGUCGACCUUGUCGUUCGUCUGGAGAAGCCUGCCAAGUACGAGGAGAUCGUCGCCGCCGUCAAGGAGGCAGCCGCUAGUGACUACAAGGGCAUCAUCGACUUCACCGAUGAGGACCUCGUCUCGACCGACUUCACCGGCAACACUGCCUCGUCCAUUUUCGAUAUCAAGGCCGGCAUUCAGCUCAAUGACACUUUCGUCAAGAUCAUUGCGUGGUACGACAACGAGUGGGGCUACUCUCGCCGUGUCUGUGACCUGAUGAAGUUCGUUGCCGAGAAGGAGGGCUACUGAACUAUCUCGGGUUUCUAAACUCCAAUUGUACUGUAACAUACACACCCGGAAGUGAUGAAAACAAUAGAAUGCGCUUUCACGUUCAAUCA